AUGCGUCUUUCCCUUAUUUCCGUCUUAUCCCUAGUUACGGUCUUCCUCGCAGGCGGAUCGGCUCUUCCUUCCCCAACGUCUCCAUCCGAUGUUGGCGGAAUUGGCGGAGUUGAUGAAGUUGACGAAAUUGCCGGAGAAGUCCUUACCUCACCCGACGGCAGUCAAUACCUCAAGCUUUCGGAGGGCUUCAACACGUCGCACCCCGCGCUGGACCUGCCGCACCUGCUCGAGCUUUACCAAGCCGGGCAGCCGCUGCCCACGCUCCCCGGAGUUCCCGCGGCACCUACUGAGCACCCAGGCGAGAAUAGGUUCAUGAACUGGGCGCCCAAUCCGGAACUCAAGUGCCAGACGAGCGGCGGCUCUCCCGAGCAGAGCGACGUCCUCGCACUCGCCCAAGACCUCAUCAACAUAGGAAAGGGUGGGGCUUGGUGCUGCCACAAGGCGCUUGGUAAGACCUGUAGCACCAUGAUGUGGAGGAACUCGGCCGCUUCCGACCUGUGCCAUUGGGACCACAAGAAGGUCUGCACCCCGUGCCUGAAAGUCGGGAACGCCGUCAAGGAAAUUGGUACCAAGUGUGGAAAGGCUGGAAAGGCCGGUGGUAGGAAGCGUUUCUUCUACUACGAGUGGUUCAUCUUCGGCAAGAAGUUCGACUACGAGGUUAAUGCCUACCGCAUCCAGUAA